UUGCCAGAUACUCGUAUUUUACUCAACGUCGUGUUACAGAUUUUCUGCUUUUCUUUAAUUCUUAACGUCAUCUAUGAUCGUACAUCUCAAAUAAAGCAGCGUAUUUAUUAUGAAAUGACGUUUGUAAAACCGUAGGUAUAGAAUGUAUUUGAUCUACGUCGUGCUUAUCUUUUUUAGGCAGAUCUGGCAACCCUGGUAGCUUUAACCCUGCAACAACAUUCAUUCAUUGAUUAGUUAGAAAGGCUGCGUGUGCCAUCUGAUGGUUGCUGGAUGUAGUUGAAGGAGCUGUCCUGUGGUUCCCUUACAACCCUCCUCGAUUUUCCCUGCACUGCAUGGCUUUUCCUGAUCGCAUCUCUCCUCCCGUCACCGUACCCCUGAUCCGACAGCCCCUCAUGCUUUGGAUAAGGGCUGCUCACAAACUGCCUCAUGACUGCCUGGAUCGUUCUGCCAGUCAGCCUGUCGGCGUUCUCCAUCACAGGCAUAUGGAUAGUGUAUGCCAUGGCAGUGAUGAACCACCAUGUGUGUCCAGUCGAAAACUGGUCUUAUAAUGUGUCUUGUAAUGAGGAAAUUGCCAAGAGGGGCUUCCCCAAGACCUGCUGUACUCUACAGGACAUCCCUCUCAUCAGCAAAUGCGGCUGCUACCCGCCCGAAAGCUGUCUCUUCAGCCUGAUAGGCAAUGUCGGGGCAUUUAUGGUGGUGAUGAUUUGUAUGUUGCGAUACGCUCAUGUGGUCGAGCACAGCCAUCACUGUUGGGUCAACACAAGUGCACUAGUAUCAGGUUGUAUUAAUGCUCUGGGUCUUGUCAUGGUGGGCAACUUCCAGGUGGAUCAUGCGAAGACUCUGCACUACGUUGGGGCCGGAGUUGCAUUUCCUGCAGGACUGUUGUUCGUGUGUCUGCAGUGUGUCCUCACCUACCGCAUUGCUGAGACAGCGCUAGACUUCUGGAUGGCCCAUGUGCGCGUGGCUCUGUCAGCCGGAGUGCUGAUUUCUCUCAUCCUCAGUGGCGUCUUCUUCAUACAUGAGAGCUUCAUGUUGCAGCAUGCUGCCGCCAUCUGCGAGUGGAUCUUCACAGUCCUCGUCCUGGUUUAUUAUGGAACCUUUACCUACGAGUUUGGCAGCGUCAGCACCGACACCAUGAUGGCCGCCCUCGUCAACGGCAGGCCGCACGACCCAUCGAGCUCAGGAGUCAUCAUGGGAGGCAUAGGGAAAAGCGUUCCCAUUGGCUGUGGCGCUCACAGCAUAAAGUCACCAGGAGGAAGCAGCACCUCCACACACCUCAACUGCACCCCGGAGAGCGUGGCCAUGUUAUAGUGAACGGACGGGAGGUUAGGGCUCAGGUAAAUCACGGAUUUCAAUCUUCCUGAUCCGUGAGGUGCUGGAAGAGAGCAAGCGUAGUGUUAUAAAAGUUCUAAAGUUACAUACGAUACGAGAAAUAUACUUUCUUGAAAGCAGCUUUCUGACCCUAAAUAAAUAUUAACACUGACAAUAACACCUAAAUAACGAAAGAGAAAAAAAUAAGGUCCUUCCUAGUUAACUGUAUAGAAUAGAAUAGAAUUUAUCCACAUUCAUAACCCCUGGACCAAACCUCAAGAUUUAGAGAGAGUUAGAAAUUUAAGGAACACCAAAUUUCACAGAUCCUUCAGUCAUCGAACUUCGUCACAUUACAAUAUGUGCUGAAUAUCGUGAAGGUGGUAAAGGAAAAACUCCCAUCAGCUAUAAUUAUGAAUCAUUUACCUUCUAUAACUGUGUAAUAUAUAGUCAAAAAGUGCAAUUGUACAACCAGGGGAAUUCAUUAAUGAGUCGACUCUUUGACUCCAGCUCUUCUGAGCAUUUUGACAGCGUAAAGCAGACGCUUCAGAGCUGAGUGGCAUUUUUGAUGACCGGAUUUUUAUUUUAAUUAGUACAAGAUAAAUAGACGCCGUGACUUUCUUUCUGAACGUUCGUUCAUCGCAUCACCUGCCGAGUUGUUCGACACAGCGCUGAGUUUUCUGGUAUUUAGCAGCACCCUUAUCCAGAGAGACUUACUUUUUUUUUAAAUUAUUAUUUCAAUUUAUAAAACUGAGCAACUGAGGCAUAAGGGCCCAGCAGUACCUGGGAUUCAGACUCAUGACCUUCUGAUCAGGAGUCCAACAACUUAACCACUAGGCUAUCACAUGCCUGACAAUGUCUUCUGAAUCGAUUCAGAUUAAAUCAAACACAAUGGUCAGCACAAUCAGCCGUACACCUACAGUAAGGAUGUAAAUUUGAAGAAUAAAAGAAGACAAUUGAAGUCAGAUAGGAAAGCAAAUCAUGCAAACGAACCACCUUUCCGUCGUCUCGAAGACGCGUCGAAUCGAAAAGCAGACACUUUUACGUCGCAUUGUUUGUUUAUUCAAUUUUCCCGCUUUUGUUUGCAAAACGAAAUUCAUACAAUUUCAUUUUGCGUUGCAUUUUAUUGUUAUCAGUUGGAUAGAAGUGUUUUUUUUUUUUUUUUUUUUUA